UUUGGUCACAUGUGCACGGCAUUUCCGGUGUCCAUUCAACAUGGCGCUAGAGUAGCAUUCCACAGUUGCUUUAGCAGGGUUCGUGGUAUUUAAUUGUACUGAAGGAAAUUAUUUUCUUAUAAACGCCGUAUAUUUUAUUUCAAUACUUUUAUUUUUAAGUUUGCUUAAUCUUAUUCACAAGACAAAAUGAAUAUUCGGAACGCAAGGCCAGAGGAUCUUAUGAACAUGCAGCACUGCAACCUGCUGUGUCUUCCAGAGAACUAUCAGAUGAAAUAUUACUUUUAUCAUGGCCUGUCGUGGCCCCAGCUUUCCUACAUAGCAGAAGAUGAAAAUGGGAAGAUAGUCGGCUACGUCUUAGCAAAAAUGGAGGAAGACCCUGAUGAUGUACCCCAUGGACACAUCACAUCAUUAGCAGUGAAGCGGUCUCACCGGCGUCUGGGUCUGGCACAGAAACUCAUGGACCAGGCCAGCCGAGCCAUGAUCGAAAACUUCAAUGCCAAAUAUGUCUCUCUGCAUGUCAGGAAGAGCAAUCGUGCGGCGUUGCACCUCUACUCUAACACCCUAAAAUUCCAGAUUAGUGAGGUUGAGCCCAAGUACUAUGCGGACGGGGAAGACGCUUACGCAAUGAAGAGGAAUCUUACCCAAAUGGCCGAUGAGAAACCCGGUGUUCGUCUGUGGGGCUCGGAGGCGCAGCCAUCCCAGGACACCCCGCUGACGGCGCUGACGGAGAAGCUGAGCAUGCAGGACGGGGAGAAGGAGGCCGAGGGCGACAGCGGAGGAGAGAGCAAGGAGAUGAGCGAAGUCAGCGAGGCCACGGAAAGUACAGAUGUCAAAGACUCCUCUUCCUCGGACUCGUAAUGGGCAGUGCUGGCCCGUCACCAGCGCACACGCUCAGCCACAUGGCUCACGUCUGUUUUGACCCGGAGGAAUGCUCACAUCACCUUUCACAGACUGACCCCCUCAUGCGACCAUAGCUCAUCGAAGGGAAUGGUCAUUCAGAACACAAACACUCAUCAUCCACACUCUUUUUCUGAUAUGAACAAGCAGCGGUUUUGACAAUAAAUUGGGAACUGAU